AUGGACAGCGAGCUGGCUGAUUUUGCUGCUUCUUACCUCGGCGAGGAGGAAGCCGUCAAGAAGCCUGACAGCAGUCCAUCCGCAGGAGAGCGGAAGGUAUUGAUUUUACGCAGGCCCACAAUCACACAGGAUCCCCCGUUCCUGAAUCCCCCUGCUUAUGGCUACCCGGACGGCGGUGGCGACCAGCCAAGCUUCGUCCUCAUCGAGCCACACGCCUACUUUGCCGACCGCCUCAACGCCACCACCGCCGACUGCGGCUUGGAGGGUCUCGGUCUCCGGGGGAAAAUCAAGGUCACCUUCUGCACCGCCCAACCGCCGCAAGUCUCCUACCUCUGCGUCCAUGCCACCGACUACGACCACACCGUGUUCGCCUACCCGCCUCACAUAGUCGCCACAGAGACUGAGGGCGGCCUCGUCCUUCUAUCCGUAGUAGUGGGUGGCCGCCCAUCCUAUGCCUCGCUUCGCCUCAAACAACACUACUUUGUCUACAACGCAAGCGUCCCUGAGCUCAAGCACAUCAAGCAGCCGGGCGACGACCACCCAGUCAACGAUCACUCCUUUGCCAUUGUGAGCAAUGGCAAACCUGACUGCACCUUCGUCCUUGCCGCACAAGCUGAUAGGUUUGGGCAUGGCAAUCCUUCUCACCUCUGCCUGUAUCAAUCUGGUACCAACUCCUGGAGCAAAGUGCUGGUGAAUGUCGAUUCAGUCCCCUACCAGCUCACCACAUACAAGGCAAUCACCAUAAAAGGAGAUUUAGGCCUAGUAGCCUGGGUCGAUCUCUCACAUAUGAUCACCUUCUGCAACGUGCUGGACAAAAGCCCCAAGCUCCGUUUCUUAAGACUACCGACCGAGCCGCAGUAUGCAAUUGGAUCGCCGGCUGUUCGGGAUGUUUCCCUCCUUAAUGGCUCCAUCAGGUUUGUUGAGCUGCUGCACCACGACCAUGGUUGGAAGGCCACAAUAUGGAGCAUCAAGACUGGUGUCUUCUCCAAAAAGGCUUGGCACAUCCAUCAUGAGCUUGAGCUUGAUUCCUCUGAUAUACCUGAACCAUCGCUGCCUAAGCUGAACGUCCAUGAAGGUGUCACAGCUCAGCCAACCUUGUCGACUCUCGACAUUGGCCUGCCCAAGCUGAGUCUCCAAGAUGAUUGCAUUCUUUACCUCCUAGCCAAGAUUGACUAUCGUGACAAGGAACACACAGCAUGGGUGCUUGCUGUUGACAUGAAGAACAAGACUGUCCAGAGAGUGGCCGAGUUUAGCCCCAAAAGGUCUAUCGCCUUGUCCACCGGCUACGAUUCAAGUAGGAUCUCCAAAUAUCUCAAAGUUGGUCCAGGUAAAGGCGUGAAUAGGGAAAUGACCUGUGAUCCCCCCUUGCAAGAAGAUGAGCUGGGACCGGAGAGGAUGUCAUUCUGA